GCAAAGCAAGAAGAAGCAGGCUCCUCCUUCGCUUCCCGUCCUCCUCGUCUCCUUGUUGCACAAGAGAAAUGGGAGGGAUUUGUUACAAAACUUAGACACCGUGUGGCGGCAAACAGUUUGUGAAUGUUGAAGUCCACAGCUGUGCAGUCAGUUUUAACAGCUGGGAUUUAUUCACUAACAACAAUUUGCUGAGUGUAAGGACAUGUCUACCAGACAAACAAAACGUGAAGCUACUUUGAAGUACAUGACACCAGAUACCAAUGCAACAGUCCGACGGUCAUCUCCCACUCGAAGGGCUGUCGCCCCUAAACGGCUCGACUUUUCUCCAGACGUAGCAGAUGAAACGGUGGCGAGAAAAAAAGCAAAAAGCAAAAACAAAAUGCCAAGGAAGAGGAGAAAGGAUGAAGAUGAAUUGGACCAGACAGCUAAUGUUGGAGGACUGUCUGCAUAUGAACUGGAGCGUCUUGAGAACAUCAGGAAGAACCAGGCUUUUCUGUCCUCCAUCAACUUACUCCAGGCCAGAGAGGAUUUGCAUCAGACCACACGACCAAAGCCAUCACAGCGAGGUUUGAGGCCCCAGUCAGCUGUUAAGGAAGUACUUCCUCCUCGUAAAUCCCUACGCCUUCAGAAUAAACCAGCAGAGAAGUUGACUCUUCCCAAAGAACCUACUGAUUUGCUUCACCCUGAUCUGACCCGUGUAUUAAAGAAGCCCAGUGGCGCUCUUCACAUGAAUCCCAUAAAUCAGGAUGGGGAUUUCAAGCUGCCACCAGAGCUUCUACAGCUCUCCUCGGAGGACACAAAGGAGGAGAAGAGGAAGCUUGAUCUAAAAGAGUACAUUUCUGCACUGAAAAACCUUAAGAUAAGAGAAGACGAUGUGGUCAAAGUGGUGAAAGAUCGCGUCUUCUCUGCAGCCUUCCAUCCUUGCAGCAGCAGCCUGUUGCUCGCUGCUGGAGACAAGUGGGGGAAAGUAGGACUUUGGAAUAUGGGUGCUGAAUGGGGCGAUGACGGUGUUCUGCUCUUUGAGCCCCACUCUCGUCCGGUGGGUAGCAUGGCGUUCUCCAGGUGUCAUCCUAAUCAACUGCUGAGCGCCAGCUACGACGGAUCCUUGCGCUGCAUGGAUGUGGAGAAGGCCGUAUUUGAUGAUGUGUAUGACAUUAAUGAUGGCCUGAAAACAUUUGCCUUUAUGUCACAUGACUGUUCAACACUUCUGGUAGGGACCUGGUUUGGAGAGGUUGCCAUCGUCGACAGGCGGACUCCAGGAAACUCCCAUGAGUCUCUUCACUCCCUAAACACCAAGGCUGUUCGCUGUGUAGACGUCCAUCCUCUCCAGAUGCAAUACUUUGUCGCAGCAGAAAGCAGGACAGUAAGUAUUUAUGACAGCAGAUACUUGAAGAAGACCCAAAGCAAGGCAGUGUCUCACCUGAAUGGGCACGCUCUAUCCAUCACCAGUGCUUAUUUCUCACCUUGCACUGGAAACCGAGUGCUCACCUCAUGUCUGGACAAUCACAUAAGGAUAUACGACACAUCUUCGUUGACUACUGAACCUCCCUUGAUUACAUCCAUCAGUCAUGACAUGCAGACGGGCCGCUGGUUGUCGAAGCUCUCGGCAGUGUGGGACCCCAAGCAGGAGGACUGCUUUGUGGUAGGAAGUAUGAAAAGACCCCGGCGGGUGGAGGUGUUCCACGAAAGCGGGCAGCUGCUACACUCCUUCCUGGAUGAGAACCUUGGCACGGUGCUGUCCGUCACCGCCUUUCAUCCCACAAGAAAUGCCCUUCUGGGGGGAAAUUCAUCAGGACGCAUGCACGUCUUUCACAGUUGGAGCGAAGGCCAGUGAGUUUACAACCAUCAUCUCUGGGUGAGAUGAGUAUUGUAGGAAAGAGCUGACUACACAGGUACUGUCAAAAAUUAGAAGGGUCAUUAAAAAAGGUUGAUUUAGCAAAUAUUCAUUAAUGAGCUCUCUGUAGUCAUCAGAGUCUAUAAAAAUCCAUUACAGAUGUGUUGCACCUUUUUUUUUUUUAAAAAUAAGCUUUUGUCUCUUUAGAUUGUUGCUCAGAAGACUUUCAUAGUCUGACUUCUCAGGGUCUUUUUACCCUUUUGUUCACAGUUUGCUGAGCUGCCAAUGCAACUGCCUGUGUCCUGCUUCUAUGCACCUCAUACAUACAUUCCUAGUGUUAAUAAAUUAAUUCCUUUAUCGUUCUCUUCAGAAUUUCUUUACAUUGUAUCCUCUAUAGAGAAGACAACUCGCUCAUUCUUUGAAACCCAUCUUAUUGAUUUAAGGCUUAUUUUGGGGGGAGAUUUGACCACAUGCCUUCUUAGUUUUACAGAAAUGUAACUAUUGUGGUUUAUUUAUUACUUUGAACAGGACCACCAUACAAUAAACUUCAGCAUAUUUAGACAUCUUUAGGUUGAGGUUAGUUUUCUGAAUAAUGUUGAAAUAUUUGCACCAUUUUUUUUUUAAAUUACGAAAGUUUGAAAAUACAGCAAGUCCACUGCAUUGUUUGUGGAACUGUUUUUUUUAAAUGUUUUUAUCUUUGUGACGUUUGCAUAAAAACAAUAAAGUUAUGCAGUAACAUGACUGCUACAGAGAAUUUUAUUCCUAAAUUUUGUCACCUCUAAGGUGCAGCAGCUUGACAAAUUUUAAACAAAAAACAUUUUCUUAUGUGGUUGACCUGAAUUAAUUAUUAUAAAUGGCUAAUCAAUGUUUUUAUUCAGUUGUCCAUGUUCUUGAAUGUUUUAUUUGUAAAAUUUAAACUGAAUUUAAAUCAACUGCGAGAUUUAAAGUAUGAAUAUUGUUUAUUCACAGAUUACACUAGUCUUCAGUCAAUAAUAGGAAAAAAGCAGUCUUGGUUAGAGGAACUGAAUGCAGAACAUAAAGCUUACAGAGACAUUGGCAUGUGCUGGACUUUGAUACAAGAAGAAAGAUUACAGUAGGAACAUGUUUGACACCUAAAUCCUGUUGACAUGUUUUACUGAGAAGAAAGCUAGUAGCUUGAUAGCUAAAGUGGUACUCCAGUUAAUGUGCCAGCUCAAGUUCACAACAUUCCAGUUAUCCAGUUUAACUUCCUGGAUAAAUCAAACUGCAUUGUACAAGUGGGCACAGAAUUUUUUUUUCUUCUUUUUUUUUUUUUUUUACCUUGCUGCAGUAAAAUAUACAAAAUUUGUACUAAAGGCAAAUGAGAAUUCAAUGGGUUCUCCUUUUGCACUCUUGAAAACAGACUUUCACAAAAACGUUUUGCAUUUAAUCAAAUUGCAUAAAUUAAUCUGAUUUAUAGAGAAGACAAAGAACAACAAAACUGGCUUUUACGUUAAAAGGUUUUUCUAAGAACGGGGACCAAAAUCUGUUCCAAACAUGCCUCUACAGUAUUCUUUGAUGCACCGUAAAUGUUUAGCAAGCCUUGAAGGCAAAGAUUUGCAUUUAACGAGUCAGACGUUUUUACUACAGAAUCUGAAACAUUUUGUUUAUAUAGGACAGGGGUGUCCAAAUUUAGUCUCUAACUUUUAAAUGUAUUCCUUCUCCAACACACCUGAAUCGAAUUAAUUUGCUUGACUAGAGAACUAGACUUGGGCACCCCUUAUUGAGCACAUUUUAUUACACAUAAACACAAAUGUAAGCAACAAGGAAAUGUUCCUGCUUGAUUGGCAAUUUCUUUGUUUUUAGAAUGCCGUCUGGUACAAACUGAAUUAAAGCUUAAAUAUGAGUAGCCUACUGAAAUAUGCAGUUGAAACCAGUUGUAUACAUGGACUGUGUUUUUUUU